AUGAGUGUAGAGGACGGGGGUAUGCCAGGCCUGGGCCGUCCCAGGCAGGCCUACUGGACCCUGAUGCUACUCUUAUCCACUGCUAUGUAUGGUGCCCAUUCCCCAUUGCUGGCACUAUGCCAUGUGAACAGCAAAGUGCCCUUCCAGCCCUCCUCAGCUGUGCUGCUGACUGAGUUGACCAAGCUACUGUUGUGUGCCUUCCCCCUCUUGGUGGGCUGGCAGGCAUGGCCCCAGGGGGCCACACCAUGGCACCAGGCUCCCCCAUUUGCACUAUCAGCUCUAUUCUAUGGAGCUAACAACAACCUAGUGAUCUCUCUUCAACGUUAUAUGGACCCCAGCACCUACCAGGUGCUGAGCAAUCUCAAGAUUGGAAGCAUGGCCUUUUUCUACUGCCUCUGUCUCCAGCCUCAGGGCCUAGCAGUGCUGCUGCUGAUGGUGGCAGGGGCCUGUUAUGCAGCUGGUGGCCUCCAGGACCCUGGGAACACCUCUCCUGGAUCUCCGUCAGCAGUUGCUGCUGGCCCCAUGCCCCUGUAUAUCACUCCACUGGAACUGCUGCUUUUCAUCCUAUACUGCCUCAUCUCAGGCCUCUCGUCCAUGUACACAGAACUGCUCAUGAAGCGACAGCGGCUGCCCCUAGCACUUCAGAACCUCUUCCUCUACACUUUUGGUGUGCUCCUAAAUCUAGGUCUGCAUGCAGGUGGUAGCCCUGGCCCGGGCCUCCUGGAGGGUUUCUCAGGAUGGGCAGCGUUUGUGGUACUGAGCCAGGCAGUAAACGGACUGCUCAUAUCAGCUGUAUGA